AUGUCACAGGGUACUUUAUAUGUUUUACCAACUUCUCCAAGAUCAUUUAUCUUGGAGGAUCUUGUAAAGUAUUACAAGUUAGAUAUUAAAAUCAGUGAUGAAAAAGAUGAGAGAUACCAACAUUACUUCCCAUUGGGCAAGACCCCAGCUUUUAUUGGCGCUAAAGGGUAUGCAUUAACCGAGGUUAUCGCUAUUGCUAGAUAUCUCUUCUCAUUGGUUCCAGCCGACCAAGUUAAGGGUGUUUUGGGUAAGAAUGGUGCACAAUAUGCAUCAAUUUUACAAUGGGAAUCAUUGAUCAACCAAGAAUGGAUAGGUGCUUGGGUUCCAACUUUUUACUUAGCUGUUGGUAAAGCUCCAUUUAACAAAAAAGUCAAUGACGAGAAUUUGGCCAAAUUGAACACCAUUGGUGGAAUUUUAGAGACUAGAUUACACGAUUAUACAUUCUUAGUUGGUGAAAGAAUCACUUUUGCUGAUUUAUUUGCAGUUGCUGCUAUUUCAGUAGCAUUAAAGACUACUUUGGGUGCCCCAUUUUUAGCCAAAUUUCCAAACAUCAAUAGAUGGUUCAAGACUGUUUCUCAGUCACCCUUUUGGAAUGGUAGAUUUGAAGGAUUUGAAGCCGUUAAAGAACCAUUGACUUUUACUCCACCAAAGAAGGAGAAGAAGAAGGAAACCAAUGCUGCUGCUGCUGCUGAUGCUGCUCCAAAAGCCCCAAAAGCCAAAGCUGCUGAUGCUGCCGAUGAAGCCGGCGAUGAGCCAGCCCCAUCAGCUCCAAAACCAAAACAUCCAUUAGAAGCUUUGGGUAAGCCUAAGAACCCAUUGGAUGAAUGGAAGAGAGUAUACUCCAAUGAGGAAACCAGAGAAGUUGCCAUCCCAUGGUUCUGGAAAAACCAAUACGACGCAGAAGAUUGGUCAUUAUGGAAGGUUGACUACAAGUACAAUGAUGAAUUGACAUUGACUUUUAUGUCAAAUAACUUGAUUGGUGGGUUCUUCAACAGAUUAUCUGCUUCAACCAAAUACAUGUUUGGUUGUUUAGUCGUUUAUGGGGAGAACAACAAUAACGGUAUCACAGGUGCUUUCUUGGUCAGAGGUCAAGAUUACGUUCCUGCAUUCGAUGUUGCUCCAGAUUGGGAAUCUUACGAAUUUACCAAAUUGGACGCAUCGAAACCCGAAGAUAAAGAAUUCAUCGAGAAUAUGUUUGCAUGGGACAAACCAGUCGAAGUCAAUGGUGAAAAGAGGGUAAUCAGUGAUGGUAAAGUGUUCAAAUAA